AUGCCGAAGAUUUUCUUGAUCAAGGAGCGCCUGCAGGAGCAGCAGACGAGGCUCCUCGAGGCACAGAAGGCGGGCGCGACACUCGAAGACGAUCGUGGCAGCAGUGAUGUCAGCAGCUUCAGAGACUCGUCCUCCUCCCUGGAUAUGCGGAGGGACAGGUCUCUGCCCAGGAUAUUUCACAUGGACACAUCCUCCCCGCCGCCGCGGAAGGAGAACACCUCCCAGCCCCUCGACCUCGCGCGAGAGAGUCGCCUCGACCUGGUGCGGGAGGACAGACUGAACUUGACAACUGUUCCCUCGACCUCCGGCUGGGAGACAGGUCCCGCGAGAGGCGCCCAACGAGUCCCAGAAGUCCCUCUCGAUAUACGUCUCCGCACCUGCUGGAGGAGCACCCCGACGAUCAGCCGCUCUCGCUCACCAUCCGGGACAGAGAUGACGAGACCUGCUACUGGCGCGAUGACGCCCGCGCCGCCAGCCCCGGGCGCCUGGACUCGGCCGCGGAGGCGCCCCGCCGCACGCUGCCGCCCAUCAGCCGCAUCCUGCCCAGGCCGCUGGUGGGGCGCCCCCGCUCGCCCUCCAUGCCCGUCCCCGACCUGCUGUGCCCGCCGCAGGAGACGCCCCUGGACUGCCACGUCCCCGCCGCUCCGCGUCCCCCCGCCUCCCCCCUUCUCCGACGUCAGGCGCCACCAGCGCGCGCCGUCCCCCAUGGAAUACGACCACCGGCCGUCGCGCUACCAUGACGACCACGCCCUCCCCUACGACCUCACGACGCGCAGGUCGCGCUCCCCCAGAACGAUCUCGCCGCAGUCGCUCCCGCCGGUGCUGGCGUCCAUGCGGCUGCGCGAGUGCACGAACGCCGAGGACGGCGGCGGCCAGGGCAGCGGCGGCGGCCCGCCCCCCAGCCAGCACGGGAGCAGCUCCGGCGGCGGCUACAUGGACACGUCCCAGACCUCCCUCGCCUUCUUCGGGUCUCUGGGCCUGGGCGGCGACAAGGGAGGCCUCGGCGGCGCUGACGGAGGCGGCGGCGGCGGCCAGAUGCCCUCCGGCAUCUCCAGCAUCGAGAGCGCCUCCCAGCCCCCGCCCCUGCCCUCGCCCGUCGAGCCGCACGUGUAUUCCCUGCCCGAGCACUGCCGCAGCAUCCCCCUCACCGCCAACGACACGUCCCCCGCCUUCCCGGCGCCCUCGCACUUCAGGGAGAAGCACCUGCAGCACAUGCAGCACCAGCACCAGCAGCACCAGCUUCAGCAUCAACAGCAUCAGCAGCAUCAACAGUCCCUGCAGCUACAGUUCCAGCAGCAGCAGAUGCAGACGCAGACGCAGACGCAGUACACGGUGCCCGUGCCCUCGCCGUCGCCGCUCCCCGUGUCCCCGCCCCUCAGCAGCGCCACCUCGCCGCUCCCCAUCGCCACGACGACCCUCCGCUCGCCCCCCGAGGCGCAGACCUACGAGCCCCUCACCACGCAGACGCAGGUCCCGCUCGUGUCGUCGACGGACCUCCAGAGCGGCUGGAACGAGCGCUCGCCGACGUCGCCGCAGUACCAGACCAACUACGCGAGCCGCCCUUCCCCCGGCGGCAGUUCCAUCAUGGACGCCUCCUCCCCGCCGCUGCAUGACAUACAGCAUGAAGUGCCGCUUCAGGUUCGAGUGUCCAUAUUGCAGCAACGCCUGGGACUUCCGGAGGACACGCCCCUCGAGUUCGUCAACGGAGGUCACGGCAUCAAGAACCCGCUGGCGCCCUCGACCGACACUCCGAGGCAGGACGUCAACGAGAAGCUGCCACCGCCAGUUAUUGAAGACGACAGCAGUAAGUUCGUGUGCCGCGUGUGCUCGAAGACCUUCAGCUUGCAAAGGCUCCUGAACCGCCACAUGAAGUGCCACUCGGACGUCAAGCGAUACCUGUGCACCUUCUGCGGCAAAGGCUUCAACGACACCUUCGAUCUCAAACGCCACACCAGAACUCACACUGGUGUGCGGCCUUACAAGUGCAACCUGUGCGAGAAGUCAUUCACCCAGCGGUGCUCCCUGGAGUCCCACUGCCUCAAGGUCCACGGCGUGCAGCACAGCUACGCCUACAAGGAGCGCCGUUCCAAGGUCUACGUGUGCGAGGAGUGCGGCCACACCACCGGGGAGCCCGAGUGCCACUACCUCCACCUCAAGGACAACCACCCCUACAGCCCCGCCCUCCUCAAGUUCUACGACAAGAGGCACUUCAAGUUCAACAACUCCAACUUCACGAACGUGCUCCUUAUGAGUCAAACAUAGGCGCUAACUUAGGUCGAGAGAGAAUGUGUGAUGUUGAUAGGCAACGUUAUGUUAGAUGCUUGUAAGUCAGCUGUCCUCCCGGGGCCUCGGGAUACAAGGAGCCGUGGCUCUUCUUCAGCCUGAGAGGCGAGCCGAGAACCACGGCGCCGCGAGCCACGCAGGACGCACGAGCCAAGGACACCACUGCCUUCUGGCGCGCCUCUGCCGACCGCCGGCCUGCAGAGCGAGCCACGGUCGGGUGCUGGGCCGCUGCCGAGAACUCGAUCCUCGGGCGCAGGCCGAAAACGAGGCUUUGAGCCCUGAGUUCUUUGGACGCUACGCCCAGCAGAGUAUUUCGAGACAUUAAACAAAUAUACCUCGCUGGCUACUGCGUGGUGCGUAUUUUUGUAUUCUGCUUGACAAAAACAUUUAAGGCAUUAUUAAAUAAUCAUAUGUAGAUAUAUUUGAUCAUGGAAAGUUCAUAACUUUCCUCUAGAUGUCACGUGUGUGUCUAUAAUACAAGUUUAUCAGCCUUGGUGUUUACGUGUAGGCUGUAUGAAACAGAAUAUACGGAUAACAGGAUAAAUACAAGACACGACGUAGUUUUUUGGCACUACAAGUGUCUAGGUUUAAUGUGGAUUCGUUGCAAUAUAGAUUUUAAGAUAUUGCUGAACCAAUGACAGUCAGGCUGCAUCGACUUCUUGCAGGAGCGUGCAGUCUUGCUUAUGUCUAUAGACUUCUUAUUGCUAUACUUCCUCUAUGUACUAGAACAAAGGAUAUAUAUAUAUCUGUAUAUCAUCCUUUCGCAUACCUUUCGUUAUUUUAUAUUAAACAGGGAAAAAACAAGAUGAAAAGAAAACGAUACUCUCAUUUUAUAGCAUGAUACUGAUCUCCGGAUUGACCCAUGGGCAUUAGUGGAACUUGGUGCUCCUCCAGUAAUGAAGCAAAUACCUACCAAUGAUAUUUACCUCAAUAGUCUCAGAGGCCCGUCCCAGCAUACCGGGCUGUGAUGGUCAGAGGGUAAUUAUUACUAUUAUUAUUAAUAUUAUUAUUAUUAUUAUUCUCUCCCUUUCUCUCAUAAUCUCUCUCCGCAUACAAAAGAUUUUUUUGAAAAACUUUUCGCAGUUCCCGACAAACGUUUUCUUUUUUGUGAUUUCCCACGCAAGGCGGUAGGCAGUGAUCCCUCCCCAUUUUUAUGAUAAUCGCUAGGUUUUAGUGAUAUUUUUUACCGUAAAAAAACUGAAUUAAAAAAAAAAGAGAGAGCUGGGUAGCAAAUUUACAAAUAAAAGGUGCGAUCCUCUGUCAAACACCAUGGUAGGCAGUUGCAAUGUAAAGUGAUAGUAGUCUGUAGUCGUAUUCCCUUAGGUGAUUUUAGAUCAUGUGGUGAUUCUACCGGUGAAGUACAAUGUCUGAAGUGUAAAUAAGGUGUACAUAGUGAUCUUUUAGUGUGGUAUUUUUUAUAUAUAUAUAUAUGGCGCAAGCUUAUCUUCCGCGGAGAAAAAUAAAAUAGAUAAUUAAAAAUGCUUAGGUGGGCUGUGCUCCCGAGUGACGUCACAGCUCCAACCGCUGAGGGCGAAAAAGUAACCUGAAUCUUAUAUAUUGAUCGAAAUAUGAUUAAAAAAAACUUUUAGAGUUCGAUUUUAGAAAUUUAUGAAUACAAAUGCUGUGUAACUGAUAGGAUAUGAUUUCUAAGAUUGUCUUUACUGGAUUGUGAUAGUUAUUUUUUUUUGUCUUGAUGAUAUCAUGAUAGAGAAUAGCUGUUGAUACUUAGUCAAGUGUUUUGAUAGAUGCAAUUCUUUUGGCAUUACCUGUAUCUCAUGCAUACGUGUUUUUGGCAUAAAUGAUACUGUCUGAGGCGUGAUAAGGCGUAUUUCUGGAUUGGCACCACAAUACACGGUGACACUUAUCCCGCCAUGAUAGAGUGUGGCGUCGUCUGUCACCAUGGUAACGCGUGUGACGAAUGCGAGGUGCCGCGUCGAGGCCUAACUCUCGAAUGGUAACACUGAAGCAUAUGGUAACACUUGGUAUCAUGGGUUAACGCUGAAACCAUAUCAUUGAUUGGUAUGUGGCAAUUUGAAAUAACGUUCUUUGUUCUAGAAGGCGUGUGGGAACUUGUCUAACGAUAUACCACUGGAGGGUUUGGCACUCGCUUGGCAUCACUGCACCUGUUGCUUAGUGGCUGUUAAACUAUAUUAUUUUUAGAUAGGAUCACUGUAAUAAACGUGUUGCAUUGCACUGCUGAUCUUCCCAUUCACUGAUCAUGGUGGGCUUGUCUUUUUUGUGUAAUAACAUCUUUGCCUUUUACGGGUUGCAGUUAAUGUUAUUUUACUUCCUCUAUUGAGUUUAUUUAUGACCUACACAGACGCAGUCACAUAUUUUAUAUUUUUAAAUAUAUGUCUCCCAUUUGUUUUCCUCGUGAAUGAAUUCCCUUCCUCUAUCAUAUAUGUAUAUAUUUGAAACUUAAGAUAAUAAAUCGUUUUUGGAAAGA